AUGGCUACCGAGCGUGCUCCCCUUCGUCUGGGCUCUACGGCCCCCAACUUCGAUGCCGAGACCUCCACCGGUCCCAUCAACUUCCACAACUUCAUCGGCGACAAGUGGACCAUCCUCUUCUCCCACCCCGAUGACUUCACCCCCAUCUGCACCACCGAGUUGGGCGCCUUCGCCAAGCUCGAGCCCGAGUUCACCGCUCGUGGUGUGCAGCUCAUCGGUCUGAGUGCCAACCACGUCGAGUCCCACCACCGGUGGAUCAAGGACAUUGAUGAGGUCUCUGGCUCCCAGCUCAAGUUCCCCAUCAUCUCCGAUCCCGAGCGCAAGGUGGCCUACCUGUACGACAUGGUCGACUACCAGGACACCACCAAUGUGGACUCCAAGGGCAUGGCCCUGACCAUCCGCUCCGUCUUCAUCAUUGACCCCGCGAAGAAGAUUCGCCUCAUCAUGACCUACCCUGCCUCCACCGGCCGCAACACCGCCGAGGUGCUCCGUGUCAUUGAUGCUCUCCAGACCACCGAGAAGCACGGUGUCACCACCCCUAUCAACUGGCUGCCCGGGGACGACGUGGUCAUUCCUCCUCCCGUCUCCACUGCCGAUGCCAAGGCCAAAUUUGGCGAGAUCCGUGAGGUGAAGCCCUACCUCCGGUUCACCAAAGACCCUAACCACUAG